CGGCCCGGCCGGUGUCGCUCGCGCUGCGGCAGCGGCGGCUCCGGAGCGGGGCCCGGCCCGGCCCGGCCGCUUCUCCCCGGUUCUGCCGCUUCUCCCGGCCCGGCCCCGCCCGGCCAUGGCGCUGCUGCGGGCGGCCGCGCUGCCCACCGAGGGCUGCCCGGCCUGGCUGCCCACGCACGUCCAGGUGACGGUGGUGCGGGCCCGCGGGCUGCGCUGCAAGGGCGGCGGCGGCAAAGGCAAAGCGGGCGGCAGCGACGCGUACACCGUGAUCCAGCUGGGCCGCGAGAAGUACAGCACGUCGGUGGCCGAGAAGAGCGGCGGCAGCCCCGAGUGGAGGGAGGAAUGCGCCUUCGAGCUGCCCCCCGAGCCCGCGGCCUGCGCCGGGCUGCUGCUCACCGUGAUGCACCGGGCGCUCGUGGGCAUGGACCGGUUCCUGGGCCAGGCGCUGGUGCCGCUGGAGCCCGGGCGGCAGCGCGGCCGCGAGCCCGACGAGCGGUGGCACAAGCUGCACUCCAAGGCUGGCAAGAAGGAGAAGGAGCGUGGUGAGAUCCUGGUGAGCAUCCAGUUCACAAGGAACAGCCUGACUGCCAGCAUGUUCGACCUGUCCAUCAAGGACAAGCCCCGCUCAGCCUUUGGCAAGCUGAAGGACAAGGUGACAGGCAGGAAGAAGUAUGAGCUGGAGUCAGCCUCUGCCAUCAUCCCCAGCAGCAUGGCAGCCCUGGAUGGGGAGGAUGACUUGGAGCUGGGGGACAAGAAAUCCAGAGUCAAGGGCUUCUUCCUGAGGAGCAAACUGCGCAAAUCCUCCCUGAGCCAGUCCAACACCUCGCUGGGCUCUGACAGCACCAUCUCCUCUGCCAGCCUGAGCCUGGCAGGCAGUGCCCCUGAGGGCACCAGGUCCCCCAGCAGACAUGGCAGCCUGUCCACCGAGCGCUCUGGGAAGGAGCUGCUGGCCUCGCCCAGGCUGAGCCACAGGAGAGCCCCGAGUGAGGAGCAGAGAGCCCCGAGGGAGGAGCCCGGGCCGGAGGAGCCCCAGCCCGGCCCCCCGAGCCCCCCGCCCCGCUCCUCCCUCUGCAUCAACGGCAGCCACGUGUACGGGCAGGACGGAGCCCCCGGCCCUGCCCUGCCCCAGGAGCCGCCCUGGGGGCUGCCCCGGGCCCAGCACAGGGACGAGCCCAGGUUCAUCCCCUCCCCGCCCAGCCUGGCCCUGCAGGAAGAGCUCAAGGUGUCCACCAAGGCCGUGACCCUCAGCAACCACCUGGGCAGGGCCAGGAUGGAGGAGGGCAGAGCCGCAGCUGCCCCGGGCUCCUCCAGCCAGCCAGCCAAGGACACAGCGCCCGGGGACAGCGGCCAGGAGGACAGCAGGGCCAAGGGAGGCUCCUUCCACCCCGGGGGCACAGGGACCCCCGGCCACAGCUCGGCACCAGGGCAGGACAGGAGUAGGAGCAGCAGCUGGUUUGGCCCCAGAGAGUCCCCUCAGAAACCCAGUUUGCCGCCUGGGCCGCGUGCUGUGCCAGAGGUCGCUGGGAGCUUUUAUUCCUCUGAGGAUUGCAGUCCCUCUGCCUCCCCGAGGCGGGCAGACCCCGAGGGGGAGCCUCCAGCCCAAAGCAUUGGUGUCCCCGUGCCAGAAACCAGUCCCCCAGCGCCGGGAGAGCUCCCUCCUGCCGACAGCAGCGCCGACAGCAGCGCCCAGCCCGUCCCCACCUCGGAGUGGGACGACACCUUCGAUGCCUUUGCCACCAGCAGGCUCAAACCGGAGAGGAAGAAGGAGAAUUUCUUUGGCUCGGUGGCAGCAGAGGGCAUGGCUUUCAUCGAUGAUGGCAGCCCCACCCAGAGCUCGGCCCAGCCACCCUGCCAGGCAGGCUUUGAACAGGCAGAGUCACCCCUGGGCGCUGAGAUCCCCGCUGCUCUCCGCUCUUGGACGAACUUCUCCAGUUUGGACGUGGGAGCCAACCUGGUGAGCACCACCCAGGAGGCCACGGUGAUCGAGGAUGUGCUGAGCCCCGUGUCCAUGGCCAGCAGGAGGAAGAGCAGCACGCCCACGGUCUGGGCAGCCGGGGACGCAGAGGCAGCAGCAGAUGAGAGUAACGGCGGGGAGGAGGGGGCCAGCGGGCAGGAGCAGCCCUGCAGCGCUGGCACCAACGGCUGGAUGACCAUCGCCACGGAAAGCGCUGCUCCCCAGGGCCUGCCCUUCCUGCCCGAGGGCGCCUUCGAGAGCUCGUCCCGGGUGCUGCCCCGGAGCUCGCUGCCCCCCGAGGCCCAGGCCGGCAGCACCGGCACCCCCGAGCCGGGCACGGAGCCCGCGGCCGGCGCCGGCCAGGAGGGGACCCUGGACAUCCGCAGCUCCGUGUUCCGGCUGCAGGCCGGCGAGGGGCUGCUGCAGCUCAGCUCCCACAUCCGUCAGAUGGUGCUGGCGCCCUGGCCGGCGCCCCAGGGCCACCAGGAGCCGCCCCCCAAACCCCCGCGCUGGUUCGCGGCCGCCGCGGGGGACAGCGAGGAGGGACAGCCUGGGGACGGCCAGCCGGGCAAGGAGGAGCCGUGGGAGCGCUCAGAGGGAGCAGGAGCAGAGAUGGGAGCGCCCCGGAGCCCUGGGAGCAGCGAGCCCUCCCUGGCAGCGCCUCCCUCAGCGGGAGCAAACGCUGCUGGAGCCGGGAGCGAGUCCCAGGGAGCCAGAGCUGCCACCGUGGGCUCAGCAGCUGGCUUGGGGACAGGGGACACCUCUGUGGGGGAACACAAAUCAGAGAUGAACGAGACUGAUGUGGCCGAGCAGUUUGAGACGUGCACGUCCAAGUUGUCCCUGGAUGGAGUGGAGCAGUCGGGCGCUGAGGAGAGCUGGAGCCAGCCCCGCUCACCUCCUGAGACAGACAGCGCCCCGUGGGAAGCGGCCCCCAAGCAGCAGCUGCUCCCCGAGGAGCUCAGGGCUUCAGGACUGAAGGCACCUUCCCAGGCAGCCAGCUGGGCAGCUCUGGAAGAGCAGGAGGCGGCUGGGCAGCCACAGCCCCCAAGGUCAGAGCGCAGGCACGGCCCAUCCCAGCUGGAGCUGGCGUGCCGGGACGGCGAGGGGCCAGCAGCAGAGCAGGAGGCACAGGAGCCCCAGGGGCACUGGGCAGACAGCAGGCCAGACUUCAAAAAAGCCGAUUUCUGGAAGCCAGACAGGGCAGAGGAGAGACACACGGCCCUGAGAAACCCCUUCACCCUGACCCUGAGCCCCAUUUCCCCCAGCAACCCCUUCAUGGAGAAACCCCCAUCCCCUCUCCCCAUCCAAGCUGUGCUGCCCAAAAAGCUUGAGCAGGAGGAGCCCCCCGGGUUCCUGCAGCCCACUAACGCUUCCCCCCUGCAUGUCAGCCAGCCCCUGGCCUCCUCCAGCCCCUUCCCCGUGGCUGCCACUAACCCCGAGGGCCGCGUGGCCCCGGUGGGGAUCGCUGCCCGCCGCGCCCCGCCCUGCCCGCAGCCCCUGCCCAGGGACACACGGCCGGCCGAGGAGCCCCUGGGGCUGCACACGACCAGCCCCCACCCCGUGAAGCCCCUGAGUGCUGUGCAGGAGGGCUCCAGCCAGAGGAAGCAGCAGCCCAGGGCCAGCCUGAGCUCAGCCUUCAGCAAUGGCCUGGAGAGGCUGAAGGCAGUGAGCAGCGUGCAGCCCGUGGCCCCAGCCUGCCCCCAGGACUGCAGUGAGCCCAAGCAGGAGCCUGCCCAGCCUGACCAGUCGGCCAGGUAUUACCACCUGACCCACGAUGAGCUGAUCCAGCUGCUGCUGCAGAAGGAGGGGGAGCUGAGCAAGAAGCAGGAGCACAUCCAGGAGCUGGAGAACUACAUAGACCAGCUGCUGGUGCGGAUCAUGGAGCAAUCCCCCACUCUGCUGCAGAUCCCCCUGGGCUCAGGCCAGGCCCCCUGAGCCUGCUGGGCUCAGGCACCCUGCACCCUGCUGCCACCCAGCCUGCUGCUCCCAGAGCCAGCAGAAGGCUUUCUGCUCCUUCCCAUCCCAGCUCAGCUCCAGGGAGCUGUAGGGUGAGGGGCUGCCAGCACCCUAUGGGGAGGAGCAGAGCCCUCCCCAGCUCUGGGGCCACCCCUCCUGCCAGAGCUUUAAUGACCCAUGGACAUCUGAGAGCUGAAACCAUCUCCCCGUGAGUGACUUCAUCCUGCUGCUGCUCUCUGCCCACACUCCUCCUCCUCCUCCUCCUCCUCUCUGCCCUGGUGUUGGAUGGCAGGGAAGGGCAGGGUGAGUCUGCCAGGAUGAAAUACAGCUGGAGACAGAGCUGGGUGAGGAGAGCAGGAGCUCUGCUCCUGUCCAACCCUGCACGAGGAGGAGGAGGAGGAUCUGUUCCCUGGGAGAGCCACUCCUUCCUGCACUCCCCUCCUGGGAAAUACCUGAGGCUUGGCACUGCUCCAGCUGCUCCUGUUCCUCCUCCCUCCGUGUUUCUGGGGUGGGCUGGAGUGGCCAAGGGAAGGAGUUUCAUUUCAGAAAGUGCCAGGAGCCUCUCAGAUGCCCCCUGUGUCCCUGAGAGCAUCAGGGAGGAGCUGUGGGCACUGGGCAUGCAGCAGGGCAGGGAUGGGUGCUGGGAGAGGCAGAGGAGCUCCCCAGGAGGGCAUUCACUGCAGGAGGAGUGCAGAGCCAACAUCUCCCCCAGGAGCCAGGGCCCCUCCCUGGCCCCACACACACCCUGCUCUGGCCCUGUGCCCCUGCAGGGAGCCUGUUGGUGCUCCCCACACAAGUGCCAAUGUUUAUGUGGAUCCCAGGCACCUCCUGCCCACCUCUCCCUCCUCUCAGUCGUGUCUCACCACCUCCCUCAGCCCCCUCUGCCUUAGUCAGCUCUGCCUUGUUUUGCUCCAAAAGCCUGAAUGUUUUGCACUUGAAUAUCAAAAGUUACUCUCAGAGCUCAGCAGGUUGUACCAGGUGUGCAGCCCUGCCAGCAAUAGGUGCUUCCACAUCUCCUGUUUGUAGCAAUACCUGUUCUAUUCCCUCAUCUCCUGUUCCAGCAAUACCUGUUCCCCCUUUUCCUGCCUUUCCAGCAAUAGGUGCUUCCACAUUUCUUGCCUUGCCAGCAAUACCUGUUCUGUCCCCUCCUUUCUGCCUUUCCAGCAGUAGGUGCCUCAACAGCUCCUUCCCUUCCAGAAAUUCCUGUUCUAUUCCCUCACCUCCAGCCUUUCCAGCAGUAGGUGUUUCCAUAUCUCCCAUUUCCAGCAAUACCUGUUUCUUCAUCUCCUGCCUUUCCAAGAAUACCUGUUCCCUCUUCUCCUGCCUUUCCAGCAUUUCCUGUUCCCUCAUCUCCUGCCUUUCCAGGAAUACUUGUUCCCCUAUCUCAUGCCUUUCCAGCAAUUCUUGUUUUAUUCUCUCUUUUCCUGCCUUUCCAGCAACAAGUGCUUCCACAUCUCCUGUUUCCAGCCACACCUGUUUUAUUCCCUCAUCUUCUGCCUUUCCACUACCUGUUCUAGUCUCACAUCUGCCUUUCCAGCAAUUCCUGUUCUAUUACCACAUCUGCCUUUCCAGCACAGUAAUUCCUGUUCUAUUCUCACAUCUGCCUUUCCAGCAAUUCCUGUUCUAUUCCCUCAUCUCCUGCCUUUCCAACAAUUCCUGUUCUAUUCCCUCAUCUCCUGCCUUUCCAGCAAUUCCUGUUCUAUUCUCACAUCUGCCUUUCCAGCAAUUCCUGUUCUAUUCCCUCAUCUCCUGCCUUUCCAGCAAUUCCUGUUCUAUUCCCUCAUCUCCUGCCUUUCCAACAAUUCCUGUUCUAUUCCCUCAUCUCCUGCCUUUCCAACAAUUCCUGUUCUAUUCCCUCAUCUCCUGCCUUUCCAACAAUUCCUGUUCUAUUCCCUCAUCUCCUGCCUUUCCAGUAGUCCCUGCUCCUUCCAUCUCCUGUUUGCAGCUCUCCCCUCUCCAGAGCCAAGGUGUGCACAGCUCCUUGUGCUGGGGCUGCACAGGUUGAGCAGUGAUGGACGUUCCCUGUCUGUCCCUGAGUGUUCAGCAGCCCAGAGCUCCCUCCCUGUGUCUUACAGAUGUUCCUGUUCUGUUUCCCCAGCUGGGGUUUCCCCUCAGCACAGCAGAGCAGCCCUGCAGUGGAGCUGCAGUGUUGCUGUUAAACCUCCACGUGCCCAAGGGAAGGGUUUGAGGACCUGAAUGCUUCCUCAGAGAGGGAGGGGAUGAGGAAGAGAACUGGGGAAAUGUUCUCAAGUUGCCCUUGUGGGAUUUCUCUCUGUGCUUAGUGACUGAAUCUCCUGUUUAGUGAUUUAUUUGGGAUGCCAGGGGCAGGAGCAGCGCUCCUGCUCCGUGUCCUGGCUGUGCUUGAGCUCUGUCCCUCUCUGCUGAGCCCAGCACACCCCAAAGAUUUUCUGGGCCAGCAGCAGCUUCUCCCUGUUCUGUUUUCAGCACAGCCAUAACCAUUCCCUGUGGUUUUGCCUUUCUCCUGGAGUUUGUUUUUCCACACUCAGGGCUGCAGCAGGGUGCUGUGUUCUGCCCUUGCUUCAGCCCACAGUUGGGUUUUUUUGCUUCUCAAGAACUUUGGCCAAUGAUUUCUUUUCCCUUUGCCUGGUCCUCCUGGCCAUGUGUGGGCCAGAAGAACCACCAGGGUUUAUCCUCAAACUGGAACAAACCUGAAGGGAUGUGAUGUAGACUCAGCCUUGUUUGGGGUUAAAAGCCUGGAAGAACAUCCCAGGUGGGAGAAGUGUCAGGGAUUCUGGAGCUGUUGGUUUCACGUCCGCAGGAAGUGGGUUCUGUGUGUCUCAUGUUUUCAGAGUUGCAACUAAUGUUUAUAAAGAGCUUGUUAUUUACGUUUUAAGCACUUUAAAAAAAAAAAUAAAAGUUGUUCAAGCUGUUCCUA